AUGGCUCCAGAUAACAUAAUAGAAGAUGGCAAAUAUGAGGUGGACAUGUCCGGCCUCUUCUGCUCCCAACAAUUGUCCGAUGUCUUUGGUAUAAGGUUUGGCUUCCGUCCUGAAACAAUUGAUGAUUCCUAUAGCUCACUUCUCGUUAAGGAUGUCGAUGAUGACCUGUAUAUUUUGAAAACAGAGGCUAAGGAAAACACUAAGGCCGUCACUUCUCUAUCGCAUGACAGAUCGACUCGUCAAGAUCAUAUUUUGUUCGAGGGAAAGAUGCCUCAAUCUACUAUCGCAGCAAAAAGGACUGUAUCACAUUCUUCCACAUUGUCUUCUCCGUCAUCGCCGUCGUUAUCGGCCGGCUCUCCGUCUAUUGCAAGAGGUUUGGCGGUUACCAAUCCUUACAACACCCCCUUGGCUAUGUCCAGCCUCUCAGACUUCAUUCUUCUGUAUGAUGAUGUUGCUAAGAAGUUUCGUAUGGAACGAUUCAAUGGAGUCAUCAAGCUGAGUAAGUCUAGAGAGCCCGAGGUUCUUGAAAAACGAUUGCGUGACAUUGAGAAGAAGCGUCUUUCCUCAAGUUUAAAUCCUUUAGGUAGUACCACCAGUGUUGUUGACUCUCUUUUGCAAUCAGCGAAGCUCGAUGAUACAGCUGCUACUUUUUCUCAGCACAUCAAUCGGAUAUCUUUUCUUAAAAAGAAAAGCUCUAGUGUUCCUCCACAGAUUUCUGACUUGGUAAGACCUUCUUCUUAUGUCAAUUCUCCGUCCUUAUCUGAUUCCAAUUCUGUGUCACCUUUGAAGAUUGUUAAACCAAAAAUCAAGCAAAGGCGGAGGCAAAAACAGAAACAGAAGUCCGAGUUAUUGAGAGCAGCUCAGAGAGCUGUGGCAAAAUCUCCAAGAAUGUUCACUUCUGGUGAGUCCAAGUUAACACGAAAAGUGGCUACUAGAAUUAAAGGUACGAAAGGGGGGGAUGUAAAAAUCGUUACUUCAGGGCCUUCUAAGAGCGGCUCGACUACGGGUUCUCCAGAAAGAUCGAGCAAUGCUGUGUCCGAUUCAGAAGUUUCAGAAAACUCAUCCAGUCAAUCCACUGAACACGUGAUGAGUGAUGAAGAUCUUGCGGAAUUUGCUGAUGAAUUGGAAGAGGAGUUGGAUGAAGAUCAUAAGGGUGCCACUUCUGUUUCCAGAAGUAUAGAUGACGUAUUGGAAAAAGUCACCAAUAAGAACUCGAAACUAGAUGACCUCAAAAAUACUGGUCUUGGCGGCUUGUUUCAUGUGACUGUAGAAGACAAUCCAAGGCGUAAGAAUUCUCUCCGCCCAACGAUGACGACAGCAUAUGCUUCAGACUCAGCGUCCAGUAUAGUUUCUCCUCUGCCUAGAGGACCCAUUAGCAUGAGAAAGUUGGCAGUUACAGGUAAUCUUAUAUCCCGGGGAAGCACUCCUUUGGGAUUGUCGUCUCCUAAUAUUAGAAUCGAUACACCGAACUUGGGUGAUGAAAUUUCAUCUCCUGAUUCAUCUCCAUUGCACGGUGCUACAACUACGCGAAAGAUACAAGAUAAGGCCAAAGAUGAUGAAAUUGAUUUUGAUGAGGAAGAACUUGACAGAGCACUUGAUGAUUUGGACGAUGAAAUAAGUGAAGCGGAAUAA